CUGGCCAGCCCCUGCCCGUUGCUGCCCCUCCCCUUGCCCCCUCAACUCCCCUGCCCCCCGUACACCCCACUCCCGUCCAACCGCCCCCACCCUCCCCCGGCUGCCCGUUUCCGCUCUCCACCCCCGCGACCGUGUGCGGCUUCCAACCGCCCAACGGUGUCACACCCCUGCCCCCUCAUGCCAUCCGCUCCCCCCGCCCCUACCCUCCGCGUGCCCGCUCCCUCGCCGCCUCUUUUGACCCUCCCUGCCCCCCUCGCCGUUACCCACCGCUCGCCAUUCGCUCCUCCCCGCCCGUGCCCUCCCCUCGUUUACCUUCGCCUCCCCCCUCCCCUCCUCUGCUGCACCGCCUCUUCCUUCCCCUCGCUAACCCACUCCACUCCCUGCCCCUCCUCAAUCCGCACCCUGCCCCUCGUUUCUCGCCCCCCUACGCUUGGUUUCUCCCCUCCCUGCCCCUCGCCGCCUUCUCCGCUCCCACCUCCCCCCUCUCCCUGCCCCCCCACUCUCCUCCACUUGCCCUUGGCUUCCCACCUCCCUGCCCCACCUUUCCCCCUCCGUGUACUCAGCUUCUCCCCUCCCUGCCUCUCCCUCCUCCCCGCCCUGCCCCUCAUUUCUCGCCCCCCCACGCCCGGUUUCUCCCCUCCCUGCACCUCCCUUUCUUUCUCCGUGCCUCUCCUUUGCUCCCUCCCUGCCCCCGCCUGCCCAUGCCCCUGUCUUUGGUUUCUCCCCUCCCUGCCCCACGUUUCUUCCCUCCCUGAGAUCACCUUGUACCCCCUCUGCCCCUCCCUUGUUCUCCCCGCACCCAUUGCUUCUCCCCUCCCUGCCCUUGAUUUCCCGCACCCCUGCCCUUGUUUCCUACCAUCCAUGCCCCUCGUUUCCCCUCUUUGUACGUUCACCCUCUUCCCUCCCUGCCCCUCCCUUCCUCCCCCCCUGCCCUUUGCUUUCCCCUCCCCCUGCCCGUUGCUGCCCUCCCCUUGCCCCCUCAACUCCCCUGCCCCCCGUACACCCCACUCCCGUCCAACCGCCCCCACCCUCCCCCGGCUGCCCGUUUCCGCUCUCCACCCCCCGCGACCGUGUGCGGCUUCCAACCGCCCAACGGUGUCACACCCCCUGCCCCCUCAUGCCAUCCGCUCCCCCCGCCCCUACCCUCCGCGUGCCCGCUCCCUCGCCGCCUCUUUUGACCCUCCCUGCCCCCCUCGCCGUUACCCACCGCUCGCCAUUCGCUCCUCCCCGCCCGUGCCCUCCCCUCGUUUACCUUCGCCUCCCCCCUCCCCUCCUCUGCUGCACGCCUCUUCCUUCCCCUCGCUAACCCACUCCACUCCCUGCCCCUCCUCAAUCCGCACCCUGCCCCUCGUUUCUCGCCCCCCUACGCUUGGUUUCUCCCCUCCCUGCCCCUCGCCGCCUUUCUCCGCUCCCCACCUCCCCCCCUCUCCCUGCCCCCCACUCUCCUCCACUUGCCCUUGGCUUCCCACCUCCCUGCCCCACCUUUCCCCCCUCCGUGUGCUCAGCUUCUCCCCUCCCUGCCUCUCCCUCCUCCCCGCCCUGCCCCUCAUUUUCCGCCCCCCCCACGCCCGGUUUCUCCCCUCCCUGCACCUCCCUUUCUUUCUCCGUGCUCUCCUUUGCUCCCUCCCUGCCCCCGCCUGCCCAUGCCCCUGUCUUUGGUUUCUCCCUCCCUGCCCCACGUUUCUUCCCUCCCUGAGAUCACCUUGUACCCCCUCUGCCCCUCCCUUGUUCUCCCCGCACCCAUUGCUUCUCCCCUCCCUGCCCUUGAUUUCCCGCACCCCCUGCCCUUGUUUCCUACCAUCCAUGCCCCCUCGUUUCCCCUCUUUGUACGUUCACCCUCUUCCCUCCCUGCCCCUCCCUUCCUCCCCCCCUGCCCUUUGCUUUCCCCUCCCCCUGCCCGUUGCUGCCCCUCCCCUUGCCCCCUCAACUCCCCUGCCCCCCGUACACCCCACUCCCGUCCAACCGCCCCCACCCUCCCCCGGCUGCCCGUUUCCGCUCUCCACCCCCCGCGACCGUUCACACCCCCUGCCCCUCAUGCCAUCACGCUCCCCCCGCCCCUACCCUCCGCGUGCCCGCUCCCUCGCCGCCUCUUUUGACCCUCCCUGCCCCCCUCCGCCGUUACCCACCGCUCGCCAUUUCGCAUCCUCCCCGCCCGUGCCCUCCCCUCGUUUACCUUCGCCUCCCCCCUCCCCUCCUCUGCUGCACGCCUCUUCCUUCCCCUCGCUAACCCACUCCACUCCCUGCCCCUCCUCAAUCCGCACCCUGCCCCUCGUUUCUCGCCCCCCUAUGCUUGGUUUCUCCCCCCCUGCCCUUUGCUUUCCCCUCGUUACGCUCCCUUCUCCCCAUCCCCUGCUGCCCUCUUACCACCAUCAGCCCGUCCCACCACCAGCCCCCCUCCCACCCUUCUCCCCCCCCCCUCUCCCUCUCUCUCUCCUCUCUCUCUAUCUCUCUCCUCUCUCUCUCUCUCUCUCUCUUUCUCUCGCACACACACACACACACA